UGCGAUAAAGCCAAAAGUACUGUUAGCAGCCACCGAACGUUACUGUAUGGUCACGCUGUUCAGCUGAAGCAUGUACUCAGUAAUAUGUACCUGACGUGCCUUUCGUCUAGCUCUGCAUCAGACAAACUCGCCUUUGAUGUCGGCCUUCGUGAAACGAACAGCGGUAAAAGCCUGUUGGUGGACAAUUCACCCUACGUCAAAGCACGUCGCAACGGAACGAUACCUCGUAUGUCGUGCAACCACAUGGCGCACCAAGAAAACUUCUCCGUUGUGGCUUCUUUCCACCAAACACUAUGGAGCAUUACUCCGGUAUGCUCCGGUGCUGUACGGGCAAGAAAUAUGGGUUUCGUGUUUGGCAACGAUGUUGUGCGCUUAAUUCACGGAAACGACGAGUGCCUAACCAUUCCAGAAAACUGGAGUGACCACCCUCAGCACAACAUCGUGAUUUACGAAGGCGGAAACGCAUGCAACCAGGCCAGGUCCUUGUGGCGCAUAGAGCUGGUGCACAUAAAGUGGCACGGGUCGAUGAUUGGAUGGGAACAGGCAUUUCGCUUGAGACAUAUUACAUCGGGUCGAUUCUUGGCAUUGAACAACGAUGGACAGGUGUGUCUCCUGCAUAAGGCCAAAGCGGAAUUUGAGGCUACCGUGUUCUUGAUGCUUCCAUCGAAGGUAAAAUGUCGAUACGAUAAUGUUCGUGCACAAUCUAUGGCUUUCAUGUCAGGUAGGACAACAGCAGUCACCCGAAAGGGGGUCGGCAAGGUCGAAGAAAAGAAGGCGAUCGCGUUAGAAGAAGCAAGAAUGGACGACUGUUUCAUUUUGUUUAUGGCUCAGGACGAGGAAUCAAAGUCAGCGCGAGUCAUCAGGAAGUGUUCACAGAUUCUGAAUCGCUUUCUAAAGGAACUGGAAAAUUUGCAGAACGAGGGUAGCAAAUGUCCAAUAUGGCAGCGAGUCAGUUUGUCUGAAGUUCAGAAGUUGAUGGAAGACCUGAUCGAAUAUUUUGCACAACCAAAGGACGACCUCAAUUUUGAAACGAUGCAGAACCGACUCCGCGCGUUGAGAAACCGGCAGAACCUCUUUCAAGAGGAAGGAGUACUGAACAUGAUUUUGGAUACGAUCGAUCGCUUUGCUUCCAUAGAGUCCCUACCCGGUCUGGCGGACAUCAUCAAGGAAGAAUCAGCCAAGGACUGGGAGAACAUCUCCACAUACUUAUAUCUCCUGCUUGCGGCGAUGAUCAGAGGCAACCACUCAAACUGCGCCCAGUUUGCGGAUUCGCAGCGUCUGGAUUGGCUCUUUAGUCGUUUGGCCAAUCCGCAGUCAGCUGAAGGUAUACUCGAUGUCCUCUAUUGCGUUCUGACCGAAAGUCCCGAAGCGCUGAACAGCAUUACUGAAAGUCACAUAGAAACGGUGAUAUCUCUUUUGGAGAAAGUUGGAAGGGAUCCAAAGGUGUUGAACGUCCUUUCAUCGUUAUGUGAAGGCAACAACGUAGCCGUGCGAAACAGCCAGAACGUCAUCUGCAGCAGCUUGCUUUCUAACAAGACGCUUCUACUUGAAACGGGAAUGGUCAGUCAGGUUUCCAGCAUGAUGCCGAACAUUCUGGUUGGUCUCGUGAAAGAUUCAGCAAUGUUCAAGAGGUGGUACUUCGAAGCUGAACUGGAGUUUAUGGAAUCUUCGGAUGGGAUGAAGCCCCACCUUCGAGUAGGUUGGGGUUCGACUGCAGGCUACUUCGCCUUCCCCGGUUCCGGUGAAAAAUGGGGAUGCAACGGCGUCGGCGAUGACAUGUUUUCAUUCGGCUUCGACGGCGAGUACAUGUGGUCUGGUGAGAAAAUUCACGUUGGUGUUAGAAACGUCGUGAAAGGCGACGUCAUUGGAUGUUACAUCGACUUCACCGGGCCCGAAAUAGGAUUUUCUUUGAACGGCAAUGUCAUGGACACCUGUUUCAAGGACUUCAACCUCAAUGAACUGUUUUUCCCAGUAAUGAGCCUUUCGGCUAAGGUCAGCUGCCGAUUCAUGCUUGGAGGAUUACACGGAAAAUUGCGCUACGGACCCCAUAAGGGGUUUUCCGCAAUAUCCGAAGCGGCAACCGGUCCUGUAGACAUCGCGCCAUGCUUUUCGUUUGGCGAUAUGAAGAAGAACAUUUUCCUUGGACCCUCAACUACGAUACUGAAUCAUGUGAUCUUCGUUCCUACGCCGGUCGACACGAGCGAAGUAAGCCAUGUGCGAUUUUCUAAGGAGCCAUUUUGUUUAUUGGCAGAAAACAUGCACGAAAUGUGGUCGAUGGAAAAAAUCGAAAAGGGAUGGAUUUACGGAGAGCGUCGUAGUGAGUCUAAACAUACAAAUCCUUGUCUGGUCGCAUACGCAGUACUUCCCAACGUGGAAAAAACUUACAUCACGAAUUUGGCCCAAGAUACAAUAAAGACGAUUUUGGCUUUAGGCUACAGGAUCAACACGGGAAAGCCACAAAACAGGAUCAAAACUCUUCGGCUGGGAUCAAAUUUCCUGAUGUCCAAUGGCUACAGACCUGCUCCCAUAGACACUCGCGAGGUGCAGCUCGAUCCGAAGCUAGAUGUACUUGUUGAUCAGCUGGCGGAAAAUACGCACAAUAUCUGGUCACAGAACAAGAUACAACGAGGAUGGACAUACGGUUUGAAUGAGGAUUACCUGAUGAAGAGAUCACCCCAUUUGGUGCCAUACAAAUCAGUCGCCGAGAAGAUCAAAGAUGUCAACCGAAAGAACGCCAAUCAGCUGUUACUUACAUUGUUGGUUUACGGUUACACUAUCGAGGUGCCGACGGGGGAACACGACGACUGUGUCAAACUGAGAAAUUACCGAGCCGAACGAUCGUACGCGGUAACGAGCGGGAAGUGGUACUUCGAGUUCGAAGUUCGCAGCUUGGGUUACAUGAAGGUAGGCUGGAUGGACAUCAACUGCGGUGCCGACAAAGAGUUAGGAAUGGACGAGCUAUCAUACGCAUAUGACGGCUUUCUGGCGAGGAAGUGGCACCUCGGUUGUGAGUCGUACGGCAAGAACUGGAAGAAGGGUGACGUCGUUGGCUGCCUUCUAGACCUAAGCGACAAAGUAAUAUGCUAUUCACUGAACGGGGAGUUGCUGCUUGAUGCGUCGGGAGCCGAAAUCGCAUUCAGCAACGUGAACGUUUCAGAAGGAAUUGUUCCUGCUUUCGCUCUCGCACAGGGACAGCAGUGCCGGGUCAACUUUGGCCAGGACGUGAAUUCUCUGAAGUAUUUCACAACAUGCGGACUGCAGGAGGGAUAUCAACCGUUUUGCAUAAACAUGUCCAGAUCGAUGCCCUUCUGGUAUACAAAGGAUUAUCCUCGUUUCGAAAACCUUGGUGAAGACGACAAACAGUUUAAAGUGAUACGCAUUCCUCAAAGUGGCGACACCCCUCCGUGUUUGAAACUUCAGUCGAAAACUUCUGGAACAGCCAGCAAACCAAAACUGCAGUUGUUCCGGCUGAACUUACCCGUCCGGUGCAAGGACAAGUUUGUCGAGAAAGGCUCGAAGACGAAGCGGAAAGCAGGGUCUAAACUGGCGGUGGAUUCGCAGCAGGCAACAGUCGAGUUGCCUCCUGUCGCGCAGCCUAUGGACACGGGCUCAAAGGAUUCGCUGGUGGACAUGCCCGCUUCCGGCCCCGGGCGUCGGAGCAACAUAACGUCGUCGAACACCAGUAGCGAGAAGAAACGCAGGAAGACGCUGCGAAUCGAGGAACCGACCCAGGUCUCCACCCGCAGAGAAUCCCACAUGGACUUGAUGCAGCAGAUGGCGUAUCAGGGCGACGGAUCGGACGUCUCCGGCGGUGAGCAAAACCGGUAUUACUUCGGCUUGAAGAUCUACUCCGGACAGGACAUAAGCAAUGUGUGGAUCGGAUGGAUCACGCCGCACCUGCAUUAUGCCGGCGAGACGUUCACGGUUAACGACGUGCGAAAGGUGGACGUCGAGUCGUGUGGUCGAUGUUCAUUCGAAUCAGGAACGGGGUCGAAGCUGAGCGGGCUUCAGGUUGGAUGCAUCGUCGACGUGUCCACCGGAGAGCUGUCGUUCGUUGUCAAUGGCAAGCCUUCGUUCUUUUCUGCUCAGGUUGAACCAGAAACCUUUCUGUACCCCGCGGUGUUCGUUUCGCCGACCAGUCGGGAAAUACUGCAGUUUGAAUUUGGAUCACUUGAUGGUACGCUACCUGUGUUUUAUGCUCAGCUGCAAAGUUUAAUCAAGUCAACAGCGCUUUCAUGUCCUCCGAGAUUGAAGCUGCAGGUGUGUAAGCCAAGAAACUGGGCCCGAGUUCCCGAACGGUGCGUUCGUGUUACGGCCUUAAAACUGUCAGACAUUCGCGGCUGGAGCGUCCUCUGUGAUGAGAUUGUUAAAAUGAUGAUGAUUUACAUACCUGAAAAUGACAGCAGCCUCGAUAUUCUGGAACUAAUCGAGUACAAGGACUUGCUUAAUUUUCAUCAGCGGACAUUGCAGCUCUACUGCUCAUUGUGCGCACAGGGUAACUUCAGAAACGCUCAUAUUUUGAGCAAGCACGUCGACCAGCCACAGCUGUUCUAUGCGAUCGAGAAUAAAUCACUUUCAGUUAUGAUGGGAAGUCUACGAUCUAGCUACUAUGACCUGUUGAUAUCCAUGCACCUGAAAAUUCACUCUGAUACCAGACUCAUGGCCGCCGAUGAGUAUAUCAUUCCGCUGACCCAAGGCUUGAAGCACUUGAAUGUCUUCAGUGAUGAAAAGCGUCAUUUUCCCAAAUUCUGCUUGGACCCUGUGUGUUCCGUGAUUGACCAUCAACUCAAAUCGCCAGCCCUCGACUUCCUGCGCCUUAAAAAUUACGCGAUGGACGCACUGGUAGAAGCGACCUAUCAGGCAAUAUGGAAUAGUAGGGAUCUGGUCGGUGGUAGCAACUCUACUCAUUUUGCGCCAUUGCUGAAACUGGUCGACCUGUUGUUAGUGGUCGGUCUGUUUUCAGACGACGACAUUCAGAAGAUUCUGGUGCUGCUGAACCCGAAGGACUUUUCGAUGGAAUACAGAAGACCCACGUCGUCGGGAUUUUCGGAACAACUUCUGAAAGGUCUGAUGGACAUCGACGCUGAUGAAUCGGUCAAGUUACAGCUGUGUAGCAUCUUGCAGCACCUCUGUGAUCUGGAACUGCGCAACCGCGUCGAGUCACUUGUCAGCUUCGCCGAGCGGUUCGUCGAGGAAAUGCAAUCCGAUCAACUUCGUCGCUACCUUUAUGUCAAACAGACGGACAUGCCCCCGGCGGAAGCCGCAAAAAAAACCAAAGAGUUUCGGUGUCCACCGAAAGAACAGAUGCUUCGACUCCUUGAUUUCAAAAGUGCUGAAUAUAAAGUCUUAGAUGAAGACGGAGAGGUAGAGGUGUGUCCAAUGUCCGAUUCUCUCCAGACUCUGUUGUUCAAUUUUCACGCAAGUCUGUUAAAAAGCACUAUGGUUUCCGAUAAUGCAGACAUCAACUGGGUGGAUAAGCUGGCGAGUCUUGUGAUUCCUGUGCAACCGAUGCCCUAUGAAGCGAUGCUUAAAAGCGAGUUUGACGGGGCGUUCAGACAGUUUGUCGUAAAGAACUUAUCGAAAUGGGCCAGCGAGAAUUUCAUCGACGACACUCAUCUAGUGAGGGAAAUAUUUGCCUUGUUGUUGCGCCAGUACGACGGCGUCGAAGAGGUAAAAGAAGGAAAAUGCGAUAAAAAGCUGGAGCGAAACUUAGACUUUAUCGCCAAUCUAAGUGAACUUCGUCGAUUGCUAACCGUACAGUUCGAAUACGAGGAGGAGGAAGUGCUGAAGGGUUGUUUAUGGCAUAUGAUGAACAACAAGAUCUUCUUCCAGCAUCCAGACUUGAUGAGUAUGUUGAGGGUACACGAAAAUGUUAUGUCGAUCAUGAUGAAUGUUCUGAACCGGAGACAUCAGGCGCUCAGCUCUGCGGCAAUUUCGGCAAUGGUUGUCGCUUGCUGUAAGUUCCUGUGCUACUUUUGCCGCACGUCGACUCAGAACCAAAAGGCGAUGUUCGAGCAUCUACCGUUUCUGCUCGAUAACGCGAAUAUGCUGUUGGCAAAGCCGAGUUUCAGGGGUUCAGUGCCGCUGGACGUUGCCUACUACUCCUUCAUGGACAACAGCGAACUGGCGCUCGCAUUGAAAGAGGACGAGUUGGAAAAAGUGACGACGUAUCUCUCGCGCUGCGGAUUGCAGCCGAACGCUGAAAUGAUCGCCAAAGGCUACCCGGACAUUGGAUGGGAUCCGGUCGAGGGCGAACGUUACGUUGAUUUCCUUCGUUUUUGCGUAUGGGUGCAUGGCGAAACCGUUGGUGAAAAUGCGAACUUAGUGAUUCGACUGCUCAUCCGGAAACCAGAAUGUUUGGGCCCAGGUCUGAAGAGCGAAGGCGAUGGCUUGUUCAAAGCGUUCAAGGAGGCGAUUCGCAUGUCUGAGCGAAUCUCGCAGAUUCGCAGGGGCGGCGAGGUGCGCAACCUCGUUGACUGCGGCACGUUAAUGCGAUACCCGUCGCCGGAUGAUGAGGGAGAAGACUACAUCGACAUCGGCGCCGCCAUCCUAGCCUUCUACUCAAGCCUGGUCGACUUGUUGGGCAAGUGCGCACCAGAACCGGUCAGCUUGAACGCGGCUAAGAGCGAAUCGGUGCGCAUCCGAGCCAUUCUUCGAUCGUUGAUAUCCGUCGAUGACCUGCGAUCUAUCCUCUCCUUGCUGUUCACGAUUCCAAACGUGUUUCAAUUGAAGGAAGAAUAUACAAACGUGAAUCGGAAUUACCACGAUUUUGUAGAUGACCAGGACCAGUCCGUCGGACUGCUGCCUUUGCACAAACAGUCAGUACUGUUGUUUCUGGAUCGCGUGUACGACAUCAACGACCGAACGUUCUUGUUCAAACUUUUGGAGAAAAGCUUUAUCCUCGAUUUUCGUGCGGCUACGAUGCUCGAUCACCCGAUGGUCGCCGAGACGGACAUGGCGUUAGCCCUCAACCGCUACCUGUGCAACGCGGUUCUGCCACUGCUCACUAAUCACUCAAAGUUCUUCGCUGAUGCAGAGCACUACGAGUCGCUCAUCGAGGCCACUCUGCACACCGUCUAUCGUAUGAGCAAGAUAAAGUCGCUGACGAAGAAGCAACGAGCGGCCGUCACUGAUUUCCUGAUCGCCGUCACAAACAGUUUUGACAGCUUAGUUUUUACUCUGGCGUGCAGUGGCUACAAUGGUCAGAACUACUAA